AUGUCGCUCCGUCGAUCUCUUCGAUCGCGAAAGACACAAGAUGAAACCCCAGAACCAGAUGCUAACAUGACCACCAGGUCUACGAGACAAACUCGCGCAUCUACUUCCGCAUCUGCCUUAGUCUCGGUCUCUCGAUCUUCAUUGAAUUCAGGAGAUACAAAGAGAUCUCUCCGUCUUACUGUCAAAAUGCCCUCCAGCAAAUUGCGGGAAGCUACGGGUCCUGGCCGUGCUGCUGGACGGCGCUCAGUCAAUGUGUUCCAGGAAGAUCCCAUUGUUUCGGGACCCCGCUCCAGUCGGAACCGAAAGAAGAUUGUAGAAGUUGCUACAAGCGACGAGGAAGAAAUUGACGAUCAAGAAGAGGAUGAAGUCGAUGAUGAAGAUGCGCCUGGGGAUGACGAUGAUGAUGAAGAUGCUGACGCUGACGCUGACGCUGAUGGCGACAUCGAUAUGGACGACGUCCAGCCCCAGGCGCCUACCAGGCGCGGUAAGAUCUCUCCUCCGUCUCGCGCCAAGCCACCCAAGAGUGUGGAGGCCAAGGAGAUGGAAAUGGAAGAGGACGAAGAGGAAGAAGAAGAAGAAGACGAGGAAGAGCCUAUCUCCGAUACGGAUGAAGAUGCCGAAGCCGAGGGUGAAGAUCAGGACGAAAUUGCAGUUCCAGACAUCAACAUUGAUGAUCUGGAUGAACUUGACGAAGAAGACGAAAUAGACGACGACAUGGAUAGUGAUGCCCUCGCUAUGCAAAGUGGCAAAACCACUAAGCGCCAGCGAGGAAACCUCGGAAAUGAUUUCUUGCAACUUCCAAUGGAGCCCCAGGUCAAGAAGCAUUUGACCGCCGAGGAGCGCCAGAUGCGUCGUGCAGAGAUGGCGCGGCGAAGGAAGAAUCUGAGUGAGAAGCGGAAUGAAGAGGAAAAGAUGGACACAAUUAAUCGACUGCUAAAGAAGCAGGCCCCCAAGCGGCGUGGUCGAGCUGCUGCCGAGGCCGGUGAUGGCACCCCCGGCCAAGAAGGCGCGGAGGCUGAGAAAGCCGACCCUACUAUGGCCCGGUGGACUAGCAGUCAAAAUGGCUGUAAAGUCAGCGUCCCAGAAGAAUGGCUGGGUACACCUACUGGGCGUGUCUUCGGCGCACCUACAGUUCCUGCGGGAAAAAUGAUUGAAGAAGUUUGA